CUGUGCUGUCCCCUCUGCACAGCUCUGUCCCCUGUCCUGUGCUGUCCCCUCUAUAUCUGUGUCACCUCUCCUGUGCUGUCCCCUCUCUGCACACCUGUGUCACCCCUCCUGUGCUGUCCCCUGUCUGUACAGCCCCGUUCCUGGGAUGGCAGUGGGGCAGGCAGUGGGGCAGGCAGUGGGGCAGGCAGUGAGGCUGGCACUGCUGGCACUGCUGGCACUGCUGGCACUGCUGGCACUGCUGGCACUGCUGGCACUGCCGGCUGCCGAUGCCGUGGCACCAGUGAAGGACCCGCUGCUGAACGUCUGCAUGGAUGCCAAACACCACAAACGCGAGCCCGGCCCCGAGGGGAAGCUGUUUGACCAGUGCUCCCCCUGGAAGGACAACGCCUGCUGCACAGCCAACACCAGCUCGGAGGCCCACAAGGACCAGUCCUACCUCUACAACUUCAACUGGAACCACUGCGGGGUGAUGCCACCCAAAUGCAAGCGCCACUUCAUCCAGGACACGUGCUUGUACGAGUGCUCACCCAACCUGGGGCCCUGGAUCGAGAAGGCCGACAGCAGCUGGCGUCGGGAGAGGAUUCUCCACGUGCCGCUCUGCAGGGAGGACUGCGAGGAGUGGUGGGAGGACUGCAGGGACGCCGUCACCUGCAAAGAGAACUGGCACAAGGGCUGGAACUGGGCAACAGGAACGAACCGCUGCCCCUGGGGCUCCAUGUGCAGACCCUUCAGCGAGGUCUUCCCCCAACCCAAAGACCUGUGCGAGAAGAUCUGGUCCAACUCCUUCAAGUACAGCGGCGAGCGCCGGGGCAGCGGCCGCUGCAUCCAGAUGUGGUUCGACCCUGCCCAGGGGAACCCCAACGUGGCCGUGGCCGAACACUUCGCUUGGAGAAAGAGAUGCUCCCCUGGCCGGGGGGGGAGCGUGGCUCUGGACGGCGCCGGGCGUGCUGUGCCGAGGUCUGUGCUGCUCCUGCCGCCCCUGGCCCUCCUGCUGCUCCCCGAGGGAGCGGGGGGCUGCGGGGUGCCCAGAUGGGGGUCCCUGUGACCCCUCUGUGGAGGGACAUGGCCCGGACUGCUCCAGCUGCCCUGCAAGAGGAGCUGGCACAAGUUACUCUGUCUGUGUGUCCCAGCGCUCAGCAUUAGUUGUGUUGCUGGACCUUGACACCACCUUUGGGCCGCUGAGCAGAGCAGGGAUUUUCUUGCCUCUGAGGGAAGAGCAGUGCAGUCUCUGCUCUGAUGUGGGGCUCCUGCACAUCUGUUCCCACCCCACGGCCGUGUGCUGGCCUGGCAGAGCUCUGCUGGCUGCUCCUUUGGGCAGCUGUGAGACGCGGGCUUUAGAGGGUUUAGAAUUUAAUUGAUUAAGGAUAUAGUUAACCUGAAAAUGUUUAUAGCUUUUUAGAAUAUGUUAAGCACAACAGAAAUCACACACUGUCUGUAACCUCUUAUCAUCCCUUGCUGUGGUCACGAGAAUGAGCAGGAAUGUAAGCUCCUGGUCCUCUCUGGAUAAGGAGAGGAACAACAGAAACACAGAGGGCUGGGAAAGCAGAAUGCCGAGACAAGGGGAGCCCUCAGACCCUGAGCUGCACAGAGCUGCUCCUGCAGUUUGAGCAGGGACCAGAGGGCCACAGCACAGGCCCGAGGCACAAAGGUGAAGGGUUCAAUGUGAUGAGGAGUUUCCAGCCCUCAGCUCUGAAAUCCACCCUGUGAGCACCAGAGCUGUGCGUGCCCAGAGGGAGCUGGUGACUUACCCAGAGGGGAUGGGAGGGGACAGGAAAUAAAAAUGCAUGAAACUAAUUGUGCAAUCCUACACAAAUGUAAUAUUCUAAGGAAUAAAUAGGGAAUGUAAACCUGGUGAUUUUCACACAGGUUUUAGGAGAAGCAAUCUGCUGGGAGCUGCCAGUAAAGCAUACCUAAAACCUUUGCACUUGUGGAGUCUUUCCAUGAGUCACUCGGGACUCCCUGAAGGGUGGCUUGGAUAAUAAAGUCUUGCUCUGCAUCA